AUGAGUUUUGGCUUCGGCAUAGGCGACUUCAUUGCUGUUGGUAAGCUAGCCUGGUCAGUCUACAAAUCAUGCAAAGACGCGCCAGAAAGUUUCAACAAUAUAUCAGUCGAGGUACUGUCUCUUCAUGCCGUACUGAAAGAAGUGGAAGAAGCCGUUGCCGAUGAGCCUUUGACGGAAUCUAAACAACACAGCCUUGCUACAAUUAGUAAUGGCUGUCAGUCUGUGCUUCAAGACUUGCAAGCUCUCAUCGUGAAAUAUGACAGCCUGGGGUCUCAGAGCCGGAGGACUUGGGAUCGAAUGAGAUGGGGAGCGAACGACAUUUCGGAGUUGAGAGCGAGGCUCACUUCAAACAUUAUGCUACUCACCACUUUCUUGAUGACCUCCCAAGUAGCAGUUGAGCGAAAACUCAGCAAGCUAGCACGAGAAUUUCAAGAUGGCAAGCAUGAGGGCUCAGUUAUUACCGUCGCAACGGUCGAGUCACUUGCUCCGAACGAAAAGGAGACUUGGCGAGCUAUACGAAAGGAGCUUGAGAAUAUCGGAAUCUCCGUGAUGGCUUUCGACGCCAACAAGUCCUUCAUCAUGGACUGGUUCCAGACUGCCAUUCAAUCAGGGGCAUUCGAGGAACAGACUAUUGCAUCUGAUCACGAAUCGAUAUACUCUCAUGAUGCGACCGCCGCCCAUUGGAGUCUUGUAUCGGGUCAGAAAUCUCCCAAAUCAGAUACUCUGCUGACGGAGCCUGUGCAUUUUAGCAGCCCUGACCUAAAAGUUCAGGCAUCAGAUGCUAGCAAAAUUGCCGAGGGGAAAAUCAAUAUUGACGCGAACGCAAAGGAAAUAAAGCACAACGAAGAAUACAACGGUCAAGUUUCAACAUCUGCGGCACUCGCUCAUAGGACCAGCGAAGUGGACAUGGUGGAGCCCCAACGUAAUAAAAGUACUUUACGACCAACCCAUCUACCCAAGCUCGCGGCGAUGUUAACGACGCGAAGAGAUUGUUAG